CACACAUAAACCAUACCAAAACAAAAAUAAAUUACACUCCACAUUUACAACCACAGUUCUUCCAAGAACUCACCACCAUUCCUUCUUCAAUUCUCUCUCUCUAGAAAGUAGUAGUAACACACUUUCCUUUCUCCCCCAAAUCUCUCACAUCAAUCCUAGUUUUCAGUGUCCCCAACAAACAUGAGUGACAGAGUGUACCCCUCAACCAAGCCCAAGCCCACCGCCGGCGCGCCGCCCCUCCCCAACCCCCCUUCCAAAUUCCGCCAGCCCUACCGCCCCACCCCCCGCCAACCCGUCAAAAAAACCAAGCCCCAAUUGAGCUGCCGCCGCUGCUGCUGCCUCGUCUGCUUCUGGUCCAUCCUCCUCCUGACCCUGACCCUCCUCGCCGCCGCCAUCGCCGCCGCCGCCUUCUACGCCCUGUACCACCCCCACCGCCCCGCAUUCUCCGUCACCUCCCUCAAAAUCUCCGCCUUCAACCUGUCCACCACCCCCGCCGACGACUCCACCCGCCUCACCGCCAAACUCAACCUCACCCUCUCCGCCAAAAACCCCAACAAGAAGUUCCUCUUCUCCUACGCCCCAAUCUCCAUCUCCCUCCAAUCCGACUCCAUCACCCUCGCCAACAACACCUACCCCGCCUUCAACUCCUCCCCCUCCGCCAUCUCCCUCAUCCACACCUCCACCCCGCCCCGCACGCAGCUCCUCGACGCCGAUUCCCUCAAUUCCAUCAAAUCCCAUCUCAGGCGGGGCGGCCUGCCCAUCCGGAUCCUGCUCGACACAACCCUAAUCGUCAGAAUGGAUAACAUCAAGACGAAGCGCUUCGGCAUUAGAGUGACGUGUGAUGGGAUUCACGGAAUCGUCCCCAAGGGUAAAACCGUCAUUCCGGCUAAGACCACCGACGCUCAAUGUGAGGUUGAUCUCAGAAUCAAGAUCUUGAAAUGGACAUUUUGAUUUUUUUAUUUUAACUAAUCGCAUUUUAUUUAUUUUUAUAUGUGUUUUUUUAUACAUGCUAUUUUUUUGGGAAUACAAUGCGGCUUACUUUUGUUACUAGGGGGGAGUAAAGGGAUCUAUUUGUAUGUAAUUCUUUUUAUUGCAUUUUAUUUUACUACUAAUAGAUGAGACUGGAUUUAUACGAUUCCAAUAA